AUGUGCGUUGUCAAUGCAGAGCUAGAGGUACACCCAGAAGAAGGAUAUGCUUGUGGUGCAGUACCAUCACAGCAGUCACUAGCCUGCACUGCAAUUGUUACGCUUUCCGACCUAUAUAAAGAAACCGGCCUUACCCAGGGCACUGCGGGGUCAACUAUACAUCCGCACCCCAGCCGGCAAAUAGACUGCGUAAUAAUCGACGACCCCGUCGUUGACGCAACUCCCGUAACUCGCAAGCUCCAUUGGGUUGCCCCGCGCUCGUCAGAUGGUUUAUGGGGACAUAGACUAGGCGGGCACCAACGCGAAGUGUGGUUAUCGUUUCGAGACGGGUCGAAGAUUUCUGAUCUUCUCCAUUUGGCGUUGCUUGCGGAUAUGCCCCUCCAACCUCCGGCAACCCACAAGGCGGACUUCUACAUGCACCACGCACUCUCCACAGUGUGUCUAUCAGUGGAGUUCAAGAAGCGGCCCGAGCCGGAUACGGAAUGGGUCCUACUGAGAUCGAAUUCCCACAAGGUUGCUAAUGGCAGAUACGAUGUGAAUAUUCAAAUUUUCAAUGAGGAUGCUGAAAUUCUUGCGUUGAGCAACCAUGUUGUGUAUGUUUCGGGGUUGAAGGGGAAGUCCGGGAAGAAGGCAAGGAUGUGA